GAGAGCGCAGUGUCGCGUCGAACUUCUAGCAGAGCGCGUCGCACGUCCGAGUACCGGCCGCCGCCCGUCAUCAGUCGCCGUACCGCGCAGCCACGUAACCUCUACCUUCUUAGUUUUUAGUAGUCAGUAGUAGGGCACCCGCCGGUUUCACUUGUCUAGCAAUAACAAUUGUCUGUGCUUGUGUCCACAAAUAAUAACAUCCUGUGGAAUUAUAAUAAUAACAUCAAUAUUCAUCAUCAUCGUAAUAUUGUUUACUCCGAUAUACAUAUAUCUAUAGAUAUAUAUAUACAUACAUACAUAUUACUCCGAUUAGUCGUCGGUUGCUACUACUGGUGGUGCUACUUUGGAGUUUAAAAAAAUAAAAAAUCUCAAUAAUUUGUCAGGAGCCAAUUGCACAGGAUUAAGAGAACUGAUCCUGGUACUGGUGCUGCUAACUAACUGGCGGGAUUGUAAUUGAUAUUUGUAAAUUGUGGACGCACACGGCGCGGACACGCGGGCCCUCGUUAACUCCUGCAGCAGACGCGCGCGCGCCGUGCUGUCGUCUGUCUCAGAGACUUAAACGAACUGAUUAACUAAUUAAUUGAUUUAUCGAUUGAUUGAUUGAUUGAUUGAUAUAUUAACUGAUUAAAUUGCUUAUUAACUGAAUAAAUAAAUAGACAUUUAUAUUAAAUAAUAAAACGAUAAGUGAUUUGGUGGUGACUUAACGUCAAACCUCUUGGAGACUGACCUGGUGUCCAGGGAGUUGAGGGCGAAUCUGACGACUACGAGGACGAGAGCGUAACUCGUCGCGGCGGCUGCACGAGAGCAGGACAGGCGCACGCGAAUAGUCAGACUAGAGUCAGACAUCAACAACAACAACAACAACAAUAACCCAAGAGCAUUAGCUUGAGUGCCGAGGGUUUACGGAUUCGAUAAGAAAUACUGUUGAUUAAUAAAUCGUAACGAGUGUUAUUGUGGAGGAUUUAAUUAUGGAGCAGCAGAGUCAAGAAAUAGUUGCAAGCGGAUCCAUGGCCGAGGUGCCCAACGAUCCAGGGAAAAUGUUCAUCGGUGGUCUCUCAUGGCAGACCAGUCCAGAGAGCCUGAGGGAGUAUUUCACCAAGUAUGGAGACAUCACAGAGGUUAUGGUGAUGAAGGAUCCAACCACACGCCGAUCAAGAGGUUUCGGAUUCAUCACGUUCGCAGAUCCAUCGAGCGUAGACAAAGUAUUAGCCCAGGGGAACCACGAGUUGGACGGCAAAAAGAUCGACCCGAAAGUCGCGUUUCCGAGGAGGACACAUCCGAAGAUGGUGACAAGGACAAAGAAGAUAUUCGUCGGCGGACUGUCAGCGCCAACGACGCUGGAGGACGUCAAAAACUACUUCGAACAGUUUGGUCCGAUUGAGGACGCCAUGCUGAUGUUCGACAAGCAAACCAGCAGGCACAGAGGUUUUGGCUUCGUCACAUUUCAAAGCGAGGAUGUAGUCGACAAAGUAUGUGAAAUUCACUUCCACGAGAUCAACAACAAAAUGGUCGAGUGCAAGAAAGCACAGCCAAAAGAAGUGAUGCUCCCGGCAAAUUUGGCGAAGACGCGAGCGGCCGGCCGAGGUGCGUACGAUUUUAUGUGGUCCCUGGGAGCUCUACCUGAUGGUUUCCCAGCAGCAUAUGCAGCAUACGCAGCAGGCCGUACCUACUCUGGGUAUCCUAGUUUCGGACUACCCUACGCGACGGCAGGAGUGCCGGCGAUUUACUACCACGGGACAGGGGGUGAGAACGCGGGCCGCGUAUACUCAGAGACAAUGCAACAUGUACAACGGAGUGCACUGAGCAAGAAAUUGGAUCUUACCAACGGACAACUCACACCAAACAACAACACGCCUUUGCUAACGCAAGCUCUUUCUGUGAUGAACAACUACCAAGCAGCACAAGCCGGGUUUCAGCCAGCCUCACCACACGGGGCCGGAGGUCACGGUGGGCCCCAGGGCCGAUCAUUUCCUGCGGCCAACUCACCCGGGCCAAUAGACAUGUACAGUUCGAGCGCAGCAGCCGCAGUGGCAGCCGCAGCCGCGGACUCAGCAGUCGCCAGCUACGUACAGGCCGCAGCUAGUCCACAGCCCCCUACAACCGCGUUUCCCGCGAUCGCAGUAUCUCGCGCCCCGCUCAACUACAGUCCCGGUCCUCUGAUACCGGCGGCGUUCACUAAUGGCUACCAUUGAGCCUUGUUAAGACAACAAGAUGGACGAGAGGGCAACGCGCUAUUCCAUCAUUAACGGCACGAGAAAUGUGAACGCCUUGUAAAUUUGUGAGCUGGCUUCUGGACGACUGGAAUAAAUUUUUAUUUAAUUAUACCAUAUAAUUAUAAUUAUCUAUCACUAUUAUUAUUAUUAUUAUUAUUAUUAUUAUUAUUAUUAAUUAAUAUAAUUACAAUAACAAUUAAAAUGAUAAUUAAAAUACAAUUAUUAUUUAUACAUUAUAUAUAAAAAAAAUAUAUAUAUGUAUAUAUAAAUAUAUACAUAAAUGUAUAUUAAUAUCGAUACUAACAAUUAAUAUUAAUAUUGGGAUGACUAAAAAAAAAUUUUUCGGAUCCGCGCUCACAAUCAAGCACGAGGCGAAUCCGCGGACGAGUUAUCGACCCGCAAUAAUAAUAUACCUAAGAAAAAAUAUGAAAAAAAAAUGCUCGGUUCGUCCAGAAGCAAAUUGAUCCAAUUUACAAAAAAUAAACUAAUUAAAAUAAUUAAAAAAAAGUACAGGCACUAUACACUACACACAGGCGACACGGGGACACAGAUUGACACAGAUUGACCGAGACUGCAUUAAAAUUAAUUAUUUAUUAAUAAACAUCAACAAUAACAAUAAUAAUAAUAAUAAUUAAUAAUAAAUAAAUAAUUAAAAGGUUGGAUAAACAACGCGCACGCCCAUUCUCGACAUUUAUUAUUAUUAUAAUGAAUUUAAAUAAUUAAUUAAUAAAUGCUAAUUAACGUAAGUCUAUACAGUAUAUGAAUAUAUAAAUAUAUAUAUAAAUAAAUAAAUAUAUGAUAAUUAAUUGAUGAUUAAUAGCGUAAUCUUUAAGAUUCACUUAUCAUUACUAUUAUUAUUAUUAUUAUUAUUAUUAUUAUUAUUAUUAUUAUUAUUAUUAUUAUUUUAUUUUUUCCAUUAUUUUUGAUUAAUUUAUAUUAAUAAUAAAUUAACUAAUUAAUGAUAAUAAUUAAACUAUUAAUUGAAAAAAUUUUUAAAAAAGCGCGCGUUGUAUAAAUUUGAAUUUCGCGCGCAAAUGAAACGAUUUAGAAGUAAUAAAAAUAUUAAUAGUAAUAAUAAUAAUAAUAAUAAUAAAUGUGUGUUGCAAUAUUUGUUUCUUCCACGUGCGAUUUAUUGAGACGGUAAUGAUAAUUAAUUUUAAACGAUAACGCAAAAGCUUUAGGGCCGUUGGUUUUUUAAUUCCCAUUGCGGUCUAAAAAAUACGAUUGUUUACUAUAAUAAAAGAAUAUAAUAACUAAUGAGGAUAUUAAAUAAUUAUUAAUUGAAAAAUAUACAUAUAUAUAUAUAUGCCCGUGGGCAAGUAAGAUACAAGAUUAAUUAAUGGUAAUUGGUUUCAAAAAAUAGCUCGAGCGGCCACGGGUUGAGGCCUCGUCUUCCUGUUUUAUGGACUUUAUUUAUGGAGAGUAUUUUCUUAAUUUCAUUAUUUUCUACAGAAAUUGGUUAUAAAAGAUUUCUAAUUAAUAAAAUUUUUAUUAAUGGGUUGAUAUUCGAUAAUUAAUGAGUUUUUUUAGUAAAGAGAAUAUUUACUUCACUUAAUUAUGGAAUUUCCAACAGGAAAUUUUUUUUUUUAAAUUAUGAUCCGUUUUGAAGGAUGGAUUCUAACUGAGAUUAAACAGCGAUUUAAUAAAUAUGAGAUAAACAAUUUGUUUAUAUAAAUAUAUGUGCAGUAGCCAAUGACGGAAAAGGCCAAUUAAUAAGAAAUUUACUGUAAAAAAAAAAAACAAAGAUUUCAUUCUCCUAAAAAAUCUCAGUCUCAUAAUUUUGUAAAUUAAUUUGAAAUUUAUUUGUAAUCAAAACUCUACACUGUAAAAAUCAGGAGUGAAUACGAAGAGAAUUAAAUAAAUGAACAUCUCCGCAUUUACUCCAGACUUAAUCCGCGUUCACUCCGAAAAAUUUUUACAAUGUAAAAAAUUAUAUGAUUUUAAUAUGAUCCUGAAGUUUGCAGACAAUUAACAAUUUUCGGAUUUUUUUAUCAAGUUUAAUAAAAAAAAAAAAAAAAUACAUAUGUCGAAAAUUAAAAAAACUACAGGUGCAAUUUUUCGAAAUAUUUUUUUUUUUCUAAUUUAUCUCUUUUAAAGAAAUUCCAAAAUUAUUAGACGGCUAAUUUCAUGAUCUCGAAGUUAGCAAACAAUGAAUAAUUUUUGGAAUUUUUUUUUCUACUAAUUAAUUACAAAAAAAAAAAAAAAAAAAUAAAAAAAUGCACAUGUAGAAAAUUAAAAAAACUACAGGUGCAAUGUUUCAAAAUAUUUUUUUUUUAAUAAUUUAUCUUUUUUAAAAAAAUUCCAAAAUUAUUAGACGGCUAAUUUCAUGAUCCCGAAGUUAACAGACAAUGAAUAAUUUUUGGAAUUUUUUUUUAUACUAAUUAAUUACAAAAAAAAAAAAAAUUCAAAAAUGCACAUGUAGAAAAUUAAAAAAACUACAGGUGCAAUUUUUCAAAAUAUUUUUUUUUUAAUAAUUUAUCUCUUUAAAAAAAAUUCAAAAGUUAUUAGACGGCUAAUUUCAUGAUCUCGAAGUUAACAGACAAUGAAUAAUUUUUGGAUUUUUAUUUUUAACAAAUCAAUUAAAAAAAAAAAAAUGCACAUGUAGAAAAUUAAAAAAACUACAGGUGAAAAUUUUCAAAAUAUUUUUUUUUAAUAAUUUAUCUCUUUAAAAAAAAUUCAAAACUUAUUAGACGUCGGAUAAAUUAUGAUUUUAAAUUUGGCCGACGACUACUAAUUUUUAAAUUCUUAAAAAACAAUAAAUAAAAAAAAAAAAAUAUUCCAAAUAAUUGCACUCAUAGAUGAUUCAAUUUUCUCCACAUGCAUAUUUUUAUUUAUUUUUUUUUUUUUUGUAAUUAAGUAGUAGAAAAAAAAAUUCAAAAAAUUCUUAAUUAUCUGCUAUCUUCAGAAUCAUGAUAAAUUCAGUAUCAUAUUUUAAUAAGAUCAUACUCUCAUAAUAAGCCCACAAUAUUUAUUUCAUUUAUAUGAUUUAUUAAAAUAUUCUAUUAAAAUAUAAAUUAAAAAAAAACAUCUUAUAAAAUAACUUCUACUGAAAUAGAAUAUAAAAUAAUUACUAAGCAGUGGGUCGAGUGAACGAAAUAAAUUUAUUGAUUUAAAAAAGACGGCACGUAAAUAAAUAAGAGGUUGCUUUGAACCAAAGUAUAAAAAUAUAAAUUGAUUCGAUUUAAAUUUAUAUAUAUAAAUAUAUGUAUUAAAAUUACCAAGUCUUAUUUUAAAAAUGUAAUCCAAAUUACACGUUAAUAAUUUAUAAAAAUUAUAAAUAAUAAAUUAAUCCGUUAAAUUAUAUUCAAUUAAACAGGGUAAAAUUUUUGAUUAGUUUAUUUAUUUUUAAAAAAUUGAUGAAUAAAUUAAAAAUAUAUAAAAUUAAUCCGAACACUUGUUUUGUGAUAACAACGAGAAAACUAUCAGUUUGUAUGAAUUUUGUAUGAUGUAUUUUUCGUGGCGUGUGUGCCUGACCUACGCAAUUGGUGUCAAUUCAUAUGAAUCUAGCAAUACUCGAUUAAUGUCUCAUGAAUAUGCGAUUUAUUUAUGAUGAAGAGUUUUUGGAUAAAAUAAAAUAAAAAAUUUUUAAAAAUAAUAAAAUAUAAUGCUUAUGUAUAAUUAUUAUUACUUAUAAUAAAUAAUAAAUAAUAAAUAAUAAUAUUAAUAUUAAUAAUAAUAUAAUUAAUUAAUUAAUUAAAAUACUAUUAACGUCUUUAUAUAUAAAUAAUAAUUAUAAAGCACUCGAGGUCGUAAUAAGCCCAUGAAAAAUCCACUUGACAAAUUUAUUAACAAUACAAAUUGAUAGUACGCUCGAAAGCGUUUAUUAUAUUAAUUAAUUAAUUGAUUGAUUAAUUAAUGAACCUCAGCUUACGUGUCUUUUUUAAAUAAAAUGGAAAAUUCUUUUGAAAAUUUAGUAAUUAAUUUUUAUUUUUUGUUUGUAAUAAAUUUUUUUUUUUUUAUUCAUUGUAAUAUUUUAUAAAUUUUCGACAGUAAAAAUGAAUCACCACUACAAGGGUAUAACACCAGCUCAAAGAAUGUAAUUUUUAAAAAAACUAAUUAAAUUAUUAAUUAAAUAUUAGAUUAACGAAUAUUAAAAAAAAUUAAUUAAAAACUAAUUAUUAAAUUUAUGAUAAAUAAGAAAUAUUAUUGAGCAGAAUUUUUCGCGCGGCAGCUGGAGAUAAAUUCAAAUUAUUUAAAAUAUUUAAUUUCAAUAAAUUUAUCCAUUUUUAUGAUUUUCAUUCAAUAAAAAUGGUAACUUUUCGGUUAAUACUUUGUGCUCUGUAUUAAUUUUAUUUUUGGACUUUUCUCAAUUUCUCUUGUGGUUGAUAAAUAACAAAGGGUAUAUGCUAUAAAUAAAUGUUAUUUUUCGUAACACUAGUUUAUAAGUAUACAAGAUCUCAUUGGGUUUAAGUAAAAGGUGCUGAUUAAUCUUUCAUGGAAAAUUAAGUAUCGGGUCUGAUUAUUUGGACGCGGAAAAUGUCUGAUGUGCGCGUGAUUUUUAAUACUUAUUUAUUCAUAAAUUAAAAGUUGUUGGUUUAUAAAUUAUCUUUAUUGAAAAGAUUGUGGCUCUGGUUUUAAAUAUCAUUGAGGCACAAAGAAGACGCGGGAAAGUUUAAAAUCUCUACUUGAAGAUGUUUUUGGAAAUUUAAAUGUUGGGUAGUUUGCUGAAGAGUUGAGGCUCGGAAAGAAAAGAUUUAACACAAUUUAUUUUAUUUUUUUUCUAUUUUCGUUUUCCAACUGUCAGUCAUGAGGAAAAAAUGUCGGCUUGAAUCGAUCGAAAGCUUAAAGUUUAAGCUUUUAAAUGAGAGUGCGUGAGCUAUGUACGAUUUUUUGUUACCGAGUUGUGAUAAUUUUUAGCAACAGUCGUCUUUUUCGCUUAGUCAUUCAAUAAGACGGAAGCAGAUUGACGCAGGGUAAUUUUAGAAAAAAAAAUUUAAGCUUAAACAAUAAGUUUUCGAGUUUAUUUAUUCCACUAAAUUAAAAUUAAUUUCUGCAAGACAGAGCUACGAGAAUCAGUUGAAGUUAUCCUUAAAUUGGUUUUGAGUUUAUCCGUCAAUCUUAAAAAAAUUUUUAGUUAUUUAAUUACCAUGGGUUUAGAAAGUUGACAUUUUGAGCCUUCGAAUGACAUUUUUAUUUCUGUAUACUUACAACCUUCUUUUGAAUAGUAAAAAAAAAUUAUACUGGAAAUCGACCCGAGUUAGCCACAAAAAAUCCAAAUAAUUUCUACCCCCAGACCCGAUACUAUUUUUUCCCUAGAUUAAAUUUCCAUGAGCUUCAAAAGAAUGAUUUAUUCCUUAACAAAAGCGUAAAUUCGUAAACAAACGUCGUCAGCAAAUAAAAUAUUCCGCUUAAUAAAUUUGAAAAACAUAAAAAAAUAUCUGAAUACGUUAACAAGUUGACAAACUCAUCCGCAAAAUAAUUAAAGUCCAAAUCAGUAAAUCCUUUGUUUCUCCGAACGACAGCUGCCGCGGCUUUAAAAAACUCACCGACAGUUACCAGUAAAAAUAAUAAAAAUAAUAAACGCAAUAAUAAAAAUAUUGCCGUCGUAUGUCGCUAAAACAUCCACUUUCAUAAUAAAUACAUUUAUUUAAUAACAAAAGUAAUUAUAAAUAUAAAUAAAACUACAUGCUUUAAUUUAUACAGAAAAUAAUAAUAAUAAUAAUAAUAAUAAUAAUAAUAAUAAUAAUAAUAAUAAUAAUAAUAAUAAUAAUAAUAAUAAUAAUAAUAAUAAUAAUAAUAAUAAUAAUAAUGAUAAUAAUAAGAAUAAUAAAGAAAACUAUAAAUAAAUAAAUAAACAUUUGUAUAUUUAUUAUUAAUGUUCACGUAAAUGUUUAUAAAAACAAAUGUCACUUAUGUGUGCUAUAUAUACAUAACUAUUCCCGAAGCAAUAUCGUAAUUAUUGAAACAAUAAAUUUGAUAUGACAUGUGUUUUUGAAUACACUCGGGAUUAGAUAAAACAAUUAAAUAAAAUAAAUAACAAAUACUUUGUGCUCAUUAGAAAAUGGUGAAUGUUAUAUAUUAAUGUAUCAUUAAAUGUCAUUGUUUCAACUACACAUCACUUAAUGUAUUUAUUAAUUAAUUGUCAUCAAAAUAAUUAAUUAGGAAAAAAAAAAUUUUUUUUAUUUUUUUCAGAAUUUAUGACAAUUAGUUAAUAAUUAAAAUAAAAUCACCAAUUGCUUAUUAAAAAAAAAAUUAAAUUAAAUUUACAAAAUCGAAUCUCACUUAUUGUUCACGUGUUUAAUUAUCAAUGUAAUUGCUUAAUUAAAAAAAAUUAAAAAAGCGUCAAUUUAGAUUAAAAAGAGAAAAAAAUUAUAGUUUGUCGACGAUUGAAAAUGAACAACAAAUAAUAAUAAAUAAUAAAUAAUACUAAUAAUAAUAAUAAUAAUAAUAAUAAUAAAUAAUAUUAAUACUAAUGAUAAAUAAUAAUAAUAAUAAUAAUAAUAAAUAAUUAUAAUAAUAAAUAAUAAUAAUAAUAAUAAUAAUAAUAAUAAUAAUAAUAAUAAUAAUAAAUAUUUAAUUAAAAUGUAAAUUAAGUAAUUUCUCCUCGGACAAUUUGGGACUCCGUGGUUUGCUCCCAAUCUAAGAAAUCAUCCCCAAAAAAAAUUGAAAAAAAAAAAAAAAAAAUAAUAAAAAUUCAAAAAAACUAAAAAAAUAUAUAAACAAAAGUAAAAAAAAAUAAUAAUAAUAAUAACGAUAAUAAAUAAGCAAAGCAACAAAAAAAUGUACGAACGAGUAAUCGAGUCUUUGAAAGCUAUAAUUAAAAAAAAAAAAAAAUGCGGAGAGUGAGUGCGUGUGUGUUGACAGAAAUAAAUUAGCGCGUAAUGUGGAAUGGAUUGUAGCUAGAUAGGCAAUUUUUGACCAUUAUUAUUGAUUAAAUAAAAAUUAAUUAAGGCCAUGAUGGCAGAAAAAAAUUAAAACGAUCAGUAUACGAUCGCACGAUUAUUUUAUUUCACUUGUUUUAUUUUUUGUUAAUUAUUGUUUUUUAAAAAAUCUAUAUAAAUAUAUAUAAAUAAUAAAUAAUAAUUAUUGUCAAAACUUGGUUAUUAUUUUAUAAUGAUUAUAUAAUUAAUAAAAUUAAAUAAUUAAUUAAUUUAUAUAUUAAUUGAUUAUUAAUAUUAAUAAUAAUAAUAAAUAAUAACGAUAAUUAAUCCUAUAUUAAACUUUUAUUGUAAAUCUAUUUAAGCAAUUCUUUCACGUCCCUCAUUCUCGUGUGUACGAGACGUGAAAUAUGUAUAUAAAAAUAUAUAUUAUUAUUAUUAUUAUAUUUGCGCCCGCGCACAUACACACUCAAAAUAUAAGACACGGGAUUAUUUAAAUAAAUAAAUAAAUUUAUUCAAUUAAUUUAUAAAAUACAUUCAAAUUUGGCGCGAUUUUAAAGCCAACACUUUUUCUUAUAAAAAGAAACAAAUUUUAUUGUUUAUUAAUUAAUUAAUCAAUUAAUCAAAGACAGUGUACGCAGUCUUUUUGAAACGAUGAGUUUUUUUUAUUAUUAAAUACCAGCGAUAAUUAAAAUUUCCAUACUUUUAUAUGUCGACAAAAUGGCGGCAGCUACAAAAUGGUGACGCGCCAAAAUGGCGGUCACAGAACCUUAAAAUUUUUUUUUCUUCUUAAUAAUUUAACAAAACUUAACCUAUUGCAGUAAUUAAAUUUCAAAAAAAUAAUUUAUAUAUUUAAUUAAAUACUAUAAUUAAUUUUAUCAAUAAUUAAUUAAUUAAUUAAACUCAAAGUUUCCGAAAGACGGCACUACUUUUUAAAAAAUAUAAUUAUUUUAUACACAUAAUUAUUUACUCUUUAGCGUUACACAAACGGCGUAAUUAUUGAUAUAUUAAUAUAUAUAAAUAUAUAUAUAAAUAUAAAAAAAAAAUAAUAAUAUUAAUAAAAUGUCUAAAAUUGAAUAAAAAUUUUUUGGAUAUGAUUAAAAAAUAAGAAUAAUUGUUUAAAAAUGAGUAAAAAAAAAAUAAUAAGUUUAUUUAUACAUAAACCAAAGCAAUAUAACGUAAUAAUUGUAUAUAAGCUUAAGUGUCACACGUAUUUGCGAAUGUUUUUGAUGAUUUACGUUGAAACAUACACACAGACACACAAUUAUAUAAAUUUAUUAUUGUAAUUAUAAAUUAUAAUUAUAAUUAAAAAAAAACAUUUAUUGACUAACAAUAAUAAAUAAAAUUAUGAAUUAAUUAAUAAUAAAUAAUUAAUUAAAUAAAGUGUGUAGUAUGUAUAUUUUGAAUUAAAAUACACGCGCUUUCAAUUCAAUGUAAUAAACAAAUGAGCAAUAAUUAGCUCAUUUAAUAUUAUUAAUAAUAAUAAUAAUAAUAACAAAAUAUGUACUUUCACUUCUAUUCGUAUUUAAAAUUGUUAACAAUGGAAUACAAAAUGUUUUAAAAAAUACUUAACCAUUUUUUUAUUUACACAUCUUCUUUAUCUUUAUCAUUAAUUAUUAAUUAUUAAUUAAUAAUCAUUAUUAUUAUUUUACUAUUAAUUAAAAAAAAAAAAUUACCCACAGUUUUUAUUUUAUUUCUUAAGCUCUAAGAUCAACGCGGACUAGUUCGAAUCCCGUAUUUUUUUUUUUGCUAAAAAAAAACCUGAGUCGAUAAAGAAAUUGCGGGAAGAAAAAUAGUCAAGAGUCAAUUUGUCGUGACUUGGGAUAAAAAGUAAAUAUAAAAAGUAUGAAUGAGUGUACGAGUGUAAAAGAGUUUUAAAAAAACUAAAAAAUAAAUAAUAAAUAAAAUAAAUGAGUUUUAAAAAUUGAUAGACGGUUUAAGACGGCGAGGGAAAACCUGCAAUAUAACAAGCAAUAAAUAAUCCACUCUUAAUCUUUUUCCAUGUAUAAAUAAACAAUUAUGUGGAUGCUUAAUUAACGAGAUUUAUUUAUUAAAGCAAAAUAAUAAUAAUUAAAAAAAAAAAAUAAAUAACAAUUUUACAUAUUCUUACUAAUCGCAAAGAAACAAUACAAAUAAAUAUAAUUAAUAACGUCUAGUGACAUAUUUAAUUAUACGAUUAUGUAUUUGAAUAUAUAAAUAAUAAUAUUAUUAUUAUUAUUAAAAUACAGAAGCAACAAAAGCUAACAGAAGUUACUCUAUCUAAGUACGUACAGUUUCAAUUUUAAUACAUACACUAAACGAUAAUAAUGACAUUUAAUUUUUAAGGUAUAUAAGAUAUAUAUGAUGAUGAUUUAUAAUUAUAAUGUACAGAAUAUUUAUGAAAAAAAAAACUUAGGCCUAAUUUUGACAGGAGAGUCUUUUUAAAUUUUCUUAUUAUUUUAUUUAUUAAAUUUUUAAUUUUCAAAAUCAUUAAUUUUUAUUUUUUUUUUUUU